UCCAGUCCUCCACCGUCCGGGCCACCAUGCAGACGACACUCCAGGUCGUGGUUUCCUUCGCCGUGCUGGCCACCGCCUUGGCCGCCUUCAAAUGCCCCGACGCCAAGUACGACCUGUACGAGGACCCCGUGCAGUGUGACAAGUACUACGAGUGCUACGAGGGCAAGGCCACGGAGAAGCUGUGCCCCGACGGCCUCGUGUUCGACCCCCUCAACCGCAAGAUCAUCAACCGCUGCGACCAGCCUUUCAACGUGGACUGCGGAGAGCGCACGGAGCUCCAGGACGCCAAGCCCACCGCCAACUGCCCGCGCCAAAACGGCUUCUUCCCGCACCCCAACCCGGCCGUGUGCGACGUGUUCUACAACUGCAUCGACGGCGAGCCCAUCGAGAGCCGCUGCCCGCCCGGCCUGCACUUCGACGAGUUCCAGGGCGUGUGCGUGUGGCCCACCUCGGCGGGCCGGCAGGGCUGCCAGGACGCCAACUCCAACAAACUCAAGGACGGCUUCCAGUGCCCCACCGAGGUGAAGCCCGACAGCAACGGCCAGGCCCUGGCGCACCCCCAGUACGCCCACCCCACCGACUGCCAGAAGUUCUACAUCUGCCUGAACGGCGUGCAGCCGCGCGAGCAGGGCUGCUCCCUGGGCGAGGUCUACAACGAGGAGAUCGGCAAGUGCGACGACCCGGACAAUGUCCCCGAGUGUGCCGACUGGUACAAGGACGACCCCGAGGUGGCCGAGCUCAAGGCGAAGGCGGCCGCCAAGGCAGCCAAGAAGAACAAGAACAACUAAACGUCGAACGUGACCACGCGAGGGCAGCUUUAACCCAUGCCUCUGUCUAAUCAAAAUAACUUAAGUCCCGAAAACCAAAACCAAAAAAAUCAGGACAGCUAUAAUAGUGCAUCGAAAGACUCCGCCUAAAAGUAAUUAGUCAAAGUUCGGCAGCCGUUCAUGAAAACGAAAAACGCGGAACAACUGUUUCGGUUACGUGGUUCGUUAAAAAAAGAGGCCGUUGUCGGCCGCAUCUCGCUGCCUGGUCAUUUUUGCCGCGAUCGCCGAACGAAAAUAAUGCCUCGGUUGCGCAACGAGGCGGAGUCAGAGCCAGAGCCGGGCGGAGCGCGGAGCGGGAACCGAGGGAGCCGCCCGCUACCCGCUAGCCUCUUAGCCUGUUCCCAAAGGUCACCGGGUGACAAUAUUGGGCGACGACCAGUUCCAGUGGGUCACAAGUACAACGAGUCAGACUGAUAGAAAGAUGUUGCCACGUGGAGGGAGGAAGAGAGGGCACCGUUUAUUUUGCACAUCUUGCAUUUUUCAUAGUCAUCUUGCUAAUUGUAAGUGUUUUUUUUUUCUACUAUCAUGUUUGUAAAUACGCGUCACAAUAAAUGUUUUUUUAUUAUUAUUACGAAA